GUCCUCGACCUCAUCGUUGACCACGUCGGACCUGACGUUCCAGACGACGAGCACAAUUCCCUGCCCGCUUCUGUGCUAGUUUUCUGUAGGGCUUACUGGCUAGCAUUAUGCAGGACGGACGAGCGCCUCGAAUCAAAAACCGCGCCCCAGCGGCGAUACAGAUCACCGCCGAGCAACUUCUGCGCGAAGCUCAAGAGCGGCAAGAGUCCGCUUUCCGCGCCCCGAAGCAGCGCGUCGAAGACUUCGAGGAACUACAUGAAUAUCGCGGUCGAAAGAGGAAAGAGUUCGAGGAGCGUAUACGGAGGACGAGGGGGAGCAUCAAGGAAUGGCUGCAAUACGCAAACUGGGAGGCCAGCCAGAACGAGUUCGAUCGCGCACGCUCCGUCUACGAGCGCGCUCUGGACGUGGACCCGCGCUCCAUCCAACUAUGGCUCUCCUACACCGAGAUGGAGCUCAAGGCUCGCAACGUCAACCACGCACGCAACCUGUUCGAUCGCGCCGUAACCCUCCUCCCCCGCGUUGACCAGCUCUGGUACAAGUACGUCUACCUGGAGGAGCUGCUGCAGAAUGUCCCCGGCGCGCGACAGGUCUUCGAGCGCUGGAUGCAGUGGGAGCCGGACGACAAGGCGUGGCAGGCGUACAUCAAGCUUGAGGAGCGCUAUAAUGAACUCGAUCGCGCGAGUGCGAUUUACGAGCGCUGGGUUGCCGUCCGCCCAGAACCGCGCGUAUGGGUCAAGUGGGGCAAGUUCGAGGAGGAGCGCCAGCGCGUAGACAAGGCGCGCGAGGUAUUCCAGACUGCGCUCGAGUUCUUCGGCGACGACGAGGAGCAGAUCGAGAAGGCGCAGACCGUCUUCAACGCGUUCGCCAAGAUGGAGACCCGUCUGAAGGAGUACGACCGAGCACGCGUGAUCUACAAGUUCGCACUUGAGAGGAUACCGCGCUCGAAGUCAAGUUCGCUGUACGCGUCGUACACGAAGUUCGAGAAGCAGCAUGGGACCCGCCGCACGCUGGAGAACACUGUCCUUGGCAAACGUCGAAUCCAGUACGAGGAAGAGCUAUCGCAAGACGGCCGAAACUACGACGUCUGGUUCGACUAUGCUCGCCUCGAAGAGGGCGCGUACGCGGAAGUCAAAGAGGAGGCGGGCACAGCAGAAGAGGAAGAGGCUGCUGCGAAUCGCGUCCGGGAAGUGUACGAGCGCGCGGUUGCGCAAAUACCACCCGGCGGAGAGAAGAGACAUUGGCGGCGAUACAUCUUCCUAUGGUUGUACUACGCCUUGUUUGAGGAGAUCGAGACGAAGGACUAUGACCGUGCACGGCAAAUCUACGAGACGGCCAUACGUGUCGUUCCCCACAAGCAGUUCACCUUUGCGAAGCUCUGGCUUAUGUUCGCGAAGUUCGAAAUACGGCGACUGAACUUACCACAAGCGCGGAAAAUCCUUGGUACUGCCAUCGGCAUGUGCCCAAAGGAAGCCCUCUUCAAAGGUUACAUCGAGCUCGAGAAGGACCUCCGCGAGUUCGACAACGUCCGCAAGCUCUUCGAGAAGUCCAUCGAAUACGAUCCCUCGAACUCAGCCGCCUGGAUCAAGUACGCCGAGAUCGAGACGCAGCUGCAGGACUUCGCCCGCGCGCGUGCGAUCUUCGAGCUCGGCAUCUCCCAGAGCGCGCUCACCAUGCCAGAGCUUCUGUGGAAGAAGUACAUCGACUUCGAGGUCGAGGAGGGCGAGCGCGAGAACGCGCGCGCGCUGUACGAGCGCCUUGUGGGUAUCAGCGGGCACGUCAAGGUCUGGAUAUCGUACGCGCUGUUCGAGGCCGAGCCGAUACCUAUACCGCGUGCGGAUCGGGAAGACGAAGACGAGGAGGACGAUGAGGCGGAGGUGCCGACGGUGCCGGGUGACGCGGACAGGGCGAGACAGGUGUUCGACCGCGCGUACAAGGACUUGAAGAGCAAGGGCCUCAAAAGCGAGCGUGUCGCCCUUCUGGAGGUCUGGAAGACGUUCGAGGAGCAGCACGGCAGCGAGGAGGAUAUCAAGAAGGUGCAGGGCAUGAUGCCCAUCGUCAGCAAGCGGCGCCAGGUCGACCAGGAAACCGGCCAGACGGUCGAGGAUUGGGACCUUGUCUUUGCCGACGACGAACGCGAGGCGAACCCCACGUCGUUCAAGUUCUUGCAGAUGGCGCACGCGUGGCGCGCCGCUCAGGAAGCUCAGAAGAACGGGGGCGAUGCACCGGGGGGGCCGUUGCCCGGUUUCGCGCCGGCUUCCAAACCUCAGGCACCAGCGGAGCCGCCGAGCCCAACAGCCAGCUCGAACGCUGGAAGCGACGAGUAAGUAUGUAUACAUAUUGGUGUUUUUCUGUAUUGCUUGCAGUCAAAGUACUAGUUUGCGCCAGGAUUGAGUCGAUAUUCAACUCGUCG